AUUCCCCAUUGCUAGGGUUUUCCAGCGGAGCUCGUGUGGAGGCAGAGAAAGGAAGACGAGCACAUAAAUCAGAAGGCGGGCGUGGCCUCGGUGGCGCUGCUUGGGUCACUCAAGGCAGGGGAAGAUGGAGAGGGGAGAGAAGCGAAGCAGGGCGGUCGCGGCGGCGCUAGACGUUUGAGGGGAGGGGCAACUGGAUUGGAUGGAGCCCGCGGAACGGGGGGCGCCGGCGAAAGGAGGAGCGCAGCAUCGACCCAGCCUGCCUGCCGCCGAUGACCAAACCUCAGGUCAGGAUCGCUCACAGGCAAAACGAAUCGACAAUUCUGGCUUCAAGUUUCUAAAGACCUUGUACCCAGAAUCUUUGAAGAAUCAAAUCAAGGGGAGAGGGGAGAAGACGUCCCAGCAGCUCCCCGAGAACGAGUGCCCACUUCCCUACAUCUCAGGGAAGCGGAAGCGCCCCGAACCCCUCGCUGAUUCGAGCGACAGCUACUCAAGAAGUUUCCUUCCCUCCCACGAUAACGACGCCAACGGCCCCCUCAGUUCAUUGAAAAUAUGAAGAGGAGCAGCGUAGUCUAUGUGGUUGCUGUUUUGUCGGGUGCCUUGUCAUGGUUGGGCAAUGUCGCUCCGACCCCAAGAGCACCUACGAAGAUGGCCAUGACAACGCGACUAUGGUGGCCUCGUCAUUAGAUGAGAGCAAACUUACCAUAAAAUGGUGUGUCGCAAGGGAUUGUAACACCAAAGGUGAACCAAAUGCCCAUCACUGCUUUUGCUGCCUCAAUGCGCAGGGAGCUCCUUGUUUCAGUUCCAGAGGAGAUUGCCAGGAUCACUGCCCAACUUUGCCACCCGGAAAAUAAGGAUGUUCUAGCUGAUAUGUAUUUGAUCACAUCCCUUUUAGUUCCAGAGGAGAUUUCCAGGAUCACUGCCCAACUUUGCCACCCCGAAAAUAAGGAUUUUCUAGCUGAUACAGUAUGUAUUUGAUCACAUCCCUACCUAGCUGCAGCGUCGUCGCCGAUCUAGGCAUCCGUGUAGGUCUUCGUAAAGGAUGUGGCUGGGAGAUUCACCAGCGGUGGGAUCUGUGUGAAUCUGUUAUCAUUCAUGUAUUUGAAGAAUUCUAGUUGGUGUAAGCUCACAAAACCUCCAAUUAGAUUAGAUGAGAUACGUUUGUAGAAUAUAAAUUCUGCACUCGAUAUCAGUGGCAAGCUAUUUUGCAUCUUCAUGUUUUUGUGCUUCCAGUACGCCUUGUUUAUAUAGUGAUAGCAAUCUUUUUUGCUUCAUGCAUUCAUGCUUCCUACGUACAGCAGAAUUUCAAUCUACUUCCAUGCUUCUAGGUAGCUUCCUAUGUACUGCUGUAUCUACCAUCCUUGGCAUGUACGAUUGGAUUUCAAUCUAUUGCCAUGCUUGCUCGCUGUACAUAUUAUUUUUUCAUUACAUCUAUACUUCCUAGGUGUCUUACAUACAGAUACUUCUUCCAUGCAAUGGAGCUUCACUCUCUUGCCAUGUUUCGUAGAUGUACAGAUGUAAAGUCCAUUGCUU